UCGCGUUUUGACCCUCUGAAACCUCCUUCCACACCACCACCAUCACCACCACUCCUCCUCCUCCUCCUCCUCUCCUCUUGACACAGAAAACACCAUCGCUCACUCGCAGCCGUGACAUUUUACCAGCCUGUCUGCCGUACGUGGUGCUGCGCGGACAUACAGCGAGCACAAGGAGCCAAAAAGGGAAAAGGGACGCUUUCUCCUCCGCAGCACCAACAACCACCAACCACCAACACACCGAGCAUCCGACGGGCUGCAGCCGGAGCGAGAGGCGCACUAGGCGGAGGCGAGGCGCUGCAGGACACCGCUACUUUCACCCGGUUCUCUGGACUACACCGGACACAACCCGAACAGGACUGGAUAUUUACCUCUCGGGUGACAGAAGAAGCUGGACUAACCGAGCAGAGCAUCACCAUCUCCGGUGUAGGACUCGCUGUCGAGUCGCAUGGAGAAGAGGUAUGAAGAGCUGGUGCACUACUCAGGGUCGGAGGCCAUGUCGUUGGGGGGGUACGGGGACGACGUCAGAACGCUUCCUCCCCCACACUACGGACCCGCCAUCCCGGACUCCCUCAAACACCACAAAGACCAGAUCUAUGGUCACCCACUGUUUCCACUGCUGGCCUUAGUGUUUGAAAAGUGCGAGCUCGCCACCUGCUCCCCUCGAGACUCCGCCUCCCUCUCAGCCACCUCCCACCUCCCCGGCAUGACCAAUCACAGCGACGUCUGCUCCUCUGAGUCCUUCAACGACGACAUCGCCUCGUUUGCCAAGCAGAUCCGAUCUGAGGAGCCCAUAUUUUCUACCAAUCCUGAGCUCGACAACUUGAUGAUCCAGGCCAUACAGGUUCUUCGCUUUCAUUUACUGGAGUUAGAGAAGGUGCAUGACCUGUGCGAUAACUUCUGCCACCGCUACAUCACCUGUCUGAAGGGCAAAAUGCCCACAGACCUCAUCAUGGACGACAAGGAGGGCGGCUCCAAGUCGGACGUGGAGGACUUCACUGGAUCCUGCACCAGUCUGUCGGAGCAGAAUGCAUCGUGGUUACGGGAGCCGGAUGAAUGUGCCACUACUCCGCUGGGAACGCCGGGCACCUGUGGUCUGCCGUCACACAGCUUAGCAGACAACUGUAGCGACAUAGGUGAUGAUCUGGACGGAGGAGGGGGGUCCCCCAGCACAGGAGACGACGACUCCGACAGAGACCGGAGGAACAACAAGAAGAGAGGCAUCUUCCCCAAAGUGGCAACAAACAUCAUGAGAGCGUGGCUCUUCCAGCACCUGUCGCACCCGUACCCGUCUGAGGAGCAGAAGAAGCAGCUGGCCCAGGACACAGGACUGACCAUCUUACAGGUCAACAACUGGUUCAUCAACGCCAGGAGGAGAAUAGUUCAGCCGAUGAUUGACCAGUCAAAUCGCUCAGGUCAGGGUGGUCCUUACAGCCCAGAGGGAGCAGCUCUUGGGGGCUACAGCCUCGACGGACAGGGCCACCUCGGGCUCCGGACAGCAGGUCUCCAGGGGAUGUCUUCUCUGCAGGGCGACUACCCCGGCGCUCUACUGUCCCAACCCGGCUACCCCCCCCACCCGGGACCCUCCCUCCACCCGUACCCGGGCCCUCACCCCCACCCCGCCAUGCUGCUCCACCCGCCGCCACACGUACACCCCGCAGAGCCGCUCCUCGCCCAGGGACUGGACAUACACGCACACUAGUUGUGGGGGGGAGUCGGAGUGUGUGUGUGGCAAAAUUACAGUAUGAAUGUGUGUGUGUGAGGUGAGAUAUGUAUGUGUGUGUGUGUGUAUGUGUAAUGACGCAUACUGAACACUAUUUAAAGAAAAAAAGACACAUUGCUCCGAAAGUUUACAUUCCCCACUGAGAGACACUGACCUCAAUGUAGCUGUUCCACUCACUCACAUUACACACACAGUACACACAUACACACACACACGUAGACAUAAACAUUAACACACACAGUCUGGACCCACAGGUUUAAGCCAUACCUCUUCCAGAGUAGAAGUGCUUCCUCCUCUCCAAAUGUCUCCACUGUGUCCUGUGGGUGAGACACAUUAUGCUUUAAACUACACUCCCCAUCAUGCCUGCUGAACCACAGGAAGACGGUCGAUCAGAUUGGGACUUCAUGGACGUUACUGGAUGGGACUUGACCCUGCUGUGAACACGCCUUCGUCACUACUCCCCGUCUUCCUGCACAAAGAAACACACUUACUGUACACACACACCUUCACACAAAGCUGAUUUGUUUUCUUAUUCUAUUUUUAUAUUUAUGUGUGCCACUCCAGGCGGAUGCAGCUUCACGUGAGCUUGUUGAAAUAUUAGUGCUCUUCCUCAGCAUGAAGCUAAACACUAUGAAUGACUUCCAGUCUGCCUCGCUCUCGUACCACUGACCUCCUUAAGACGCCAACAGGUGUCCGUUACCUUAGGAUCCUUCCUGCAAAACACACACAACAUACACACUACACAUUAGCAGCACACGCUACACUGAAAGCCAUUUACACACACACACACACACACACACACACACACAGUUUUCUGUAAGCAUUUCUAGUACAUGUUGUGUGUGUCACGGCGGUGUGUGAGGGGGAGCUGCAGCCAAAGGACUCUUUAAACAUUCGGCUCCCUCUCCACUCGGCUCGGACUGCUGACACAUUUCUGAAUGAUGAUGAUGAUAAAUACAGUUAAAGUAUUAAA